GGGAUUCCCGCAGCUCUAACAAAUAUUACUUUUCUCUGUCUCCUGUCACUCAUUCAGCUCGGACUUCUCUGCCAGACGGUCACUGAGAGUGAGUGAGUGUGUCCAUCAUGAAUGUUCUUAUGCCCUCCAUGCUAGGGGACGACCCACACCUGAUGGCUGAGCCGGCGGUCCAGAUCUUCGAGCAGCCCCGGCAGCGGGGGAUGCGCUUCAGGUACAAGUGUGAGGGUCGCUCAGCCGGCAGCAUCCCCGGAGAGAAUUGCUCCGACAACAACAGGACCUACCCCAGCCUGCAGAUCCUGAAUUACUCUGGGAAAGGUAAGGUGCGCGUUUACUUGGUGACGAAGAACGAGCCGUAUCGGCCGCAUCCACACGACCUGGUUGGGAAGGACUGCAAAGACGGAUUCUACGAGGCCGAGUUUGGUCCCGACCGCAGAGUGAUUGUUUUCCAGAAUCUGGGCAUCCAGUGUGUGAGGAGGAGGGAAGUGAAGGAGGCGAUCGUACAGAGGAUCACCAGAGGGAUUAACCCCUACAGCGUGCCACGUGAGCAGCUGCUGCAGACCGAGGAGUACGACCUGAACGUGGUUCGCCUUUGCAUCCAGGUUUUCCUGCAGGAUGAGAAUGGGCAAUACACCCCGUCGCUCAACCCCAUCGUCACCAACCCCAUCUACGACAACAGGGCCCCAAAUACAGCAGAGCUGAGGAUCUGUCGGGUCAACAGGAACAGUGGCACUGUCAAAGGAGGAGAUGAGAUCUUCUUACUGUGUGACAAAGUACAGAAAGAUGACAUUGAGGUGCGAUUCUACUCAGCUGACGGCUGGGAGGCUAAAGGCUCCUUCUCCCAGGCUGACGUUCAUCGCCAGGUAGCCAUCGUCUUCAAGAGUCCUUCCUACUAUAACACCUCCAUUACAGAGUCGGUCACUGUGCACAUGCAGUUGCGAAGACCUUCUGAUCAGGAAGUCAGCGAGAGUAUGGAGUUCAGAUAUUUGCCUGAUGACAAAGACCCUUACGGCUACAAUGAGAAAAAGCGCAGAAGAGAGCACUUGAUGAAGAUAUCAGGAUUGUCAGGUGGUAAUUUUUCUGGUCUGGCUUUGAACAGGCCAAAGGCAGUGUCACAGACUACCAUGAGUCAUAUGCGUAAAGACCCAAACAUGUACCUAAGGACACACCCCAUAUCUACGAUACAGCAGCAACCUGCUAUGUUCACCCAACCUUACCAACCAGGGCCCCAGAAUGUGAUGAUGACACCACAGGCGCGUAAUCUACAAAUGAGCCAAUCAUGGGCAAACCCCAGCGCAGGACUCUCAAUGGAAACAGUCACCAUAAACCCAUCUGUUGCCAUAAACAAUCUGCCACGUCAUACUACUAUCAGGCAACAGCAGCCAAACCAUGGAUCUAGUUACUCCCACAGAAUGGGGCACAACAGCUGUGAGAAUAACGCCCUACCCCAGCUCUCCAUAAGGGACUUGCAGUGCUUGGAUACAGCCCCCCAGUCCUCUGUAAUGAGCCAGUCAGAGUCCCAGCCACUCUUCCACAUGCAGCACCAAAGGGAUGAGCAAGCAUCUGAGAGCCAGGCCCAGAAUCAUCUAGGCAACCAAAACCAGGGUCUCCAGACUGUGUGGCCCACUUUCAAUACCCUCAAUGCAGUCCAGAGCCCAUUUAACGGGUCAGUACCUGGAGGUGGAGGGGGGUCCCAAGGGCUUGGCUCUUUCCCCUUCCUUGACGGAAUGCAAGGGGAUGAUUUGCUGAAGGGCAUAGUGGGAGGAAGUUCUCAGACUGGCUUCCAGCUGAAGCAGGAGCCUCAGAUGAACGUGGGACAAGACACCCAUGCCUCGCUCAUGCAAUCCCAAGGAAAUACUUAUACCAACUUGCUUCCUCGUCCUAUGAGCAAUGGCACGAAUAUGGAUCAAGUGAUACACGAUGGUAGUGGCAAUAGCCAGGCUUUCAAAAAUCUGCAGAAUCCUUACCCAAACAACAGCAUGGCCCCAGAUAAUCACUUUUCAACAUUGGCUGACUGGAUCGAAGCAACCCGGCAAAGCGAGUAGAGGCAGUGACAUAUGUCGUAUAUAUUAUCUUGUUUUACCUUAUUAAUCCAGAAAUGUUGCUCUCUCCCACUUUGGCAUGGUAAGGCUCAGUGGGGACUUGGGUUAUUUCAUCUGUGGGCAUGAGACCAAAAUUAUUGGCAAGCAUUUGGAUUCAUAACCAACCAUUGUUUUGUUGUUUCUUGGUGGCACAACCGAUUACUGUCUAUAUUCCUUUUUGGAAUUGGUCUUUGCUUCCAAUUAUAAAUCAGUAAUGAUACAUUUCUUCCUAAAUCUAUCAACCAAAAUUUGGUGUUUUGGCAAGUUUAAGGCCAUAUAGCUCCAGAAACUUCCAUCAUUUUAUAUCAAGGAGACUUUAUUUCAAGGUCAUUCCAUGAUCGGUGUAAAGUGUGGUUCUGAUAUUGUUCUACCCCAACCCUCUUGGUGUGCACCAUUCACUCCCCCUAAUUCACUUAUUGGUUUGGCAUCCAGCUGGUGGUUUUCUCCAAAUGACUCAAUAAAACCGAGCUCACAUUUCUUCACUUGGUUUCUGCAAGGCUAAGACCUGCACGUGGAUAACCUCUGCCUAACGCCGGGUUUACACCGGACGCGGAAGCGCCGCACCACGCCGCGCCAUUCUCAAGCGCGCAGCCGCCUGGCUGUUCACACCAGCCUGCGAUUCUGCUUUCUCCGCUUGUUGUUGUACCCGUUGAAUG